AUGGGAGCCGAACAUGAUGAUAGCUAUGCACGGUCACCGCCUCAGAGCCGAACGGGGUCUAUCGAGUUGACGGAGGAACAGAUAAGUCAGAUUGAAUCGGUAGCUGAAUCGGCAGAAAAGAGCACCAAGUCAAGAUUGGCCACUCAUUUCACAGACAGAAUAAUUGAAAAACUCCUCAAGGCAACUUUACCGCCAGAUAUCCCGGAGAGGGAGGUUUUCGAGCAAAGAUUGAAUGACCCCGCGAGAAACAUACGGCCCGGGUUGUCUGUGCCCACGUUGGCCUCAAAUGUCAAGCAAAUCGCAAAGCGAAUGACAAAAGUCUUUGCCUUGCAGUAUCAGUUGAUCCAUAUCGUCACGUGGAGGCAACCGAACAAGACCUUGAGUGUGUUGGUGCUUUACACAGCUGCUUGCGUAUGGCCGCAUUUGAUCCUCGCUUAUCCGUUGAUGCUUGUAUUGUUUGGCGUCUUGCUCCCAGGUUAUGCGUACAGACACCCGCCGCGAAGGCCAGAUCUAAUCAAGGUGAAAAAACGGGGCCAGUCCUUGUUCAAGUUUUUGAAUGCGAGUCUGGAGACUAGUAUCGUGGAAGACGCGGUUGACAUGGACUAUUUGAGGCAGGAUGCCGAAGUUGCUUCGACAGCUUCGGUGUCCAAUGACUCCGAUGUCACCAUCUCGUCUACUGUCGCGUUAUCCAAGAGCGGCGACUUGGUUUCGAAUGAGAAGAAGGAAACUGCACGGCGCAGAAAAUCAAACAUUGCCUUUUUGAUCAAUCUUCGAGAUUUUCAAAACUUGACGUCGGACUUGUUGACGGGGAUUGAAAAGAGCGAGACUUUUUACUACGAGACGGCAGGUUUCAAAGAUGAGCGAUUAUCGACAUUUAUCUUUUAUGGGGUUCUUGUCGCUACAUUUGGCAUUUUCUUUUUAGGCCCAUUCAUUCCAUGGCGCAUGAUCUUUAUUCAAACCGGCUGGGUUGGGUUGAUUUUGUGCCACCCGGAGGUUAAGAAGUUCUUGGUGCAGUUUGGCAACUCGAAAAAGGAAACGGCCAAGUUGCUUAAGGCUAAAGCUGAAAUCGAGGCUGAAUCUAGAGGCGAGGAAGAUAAAUUAUCUGUGGAAGAAAAGGCAAAGGCCAGAGCAAAGCUUGAGCUGGAGCCCAAGUCUGAGUCCGAGUCCAAGCCCGGGUCCAAGCCCGGGUCCAAGCCCGAGUUCAAAAACGAGAUAAACCUCAAAAACAUCAUAAAGCAAUUCGAUAGAUAUGACAUCAUUGUGGACGACUCACCCGAGGUUAAAAUUGUCGAGAUUUACGAGUUGCAAAUCAAGAGCAUUCUCAAGCACAAUUGGAGCUUUUACCGCUAUUCAAACUCGAUUUAUUCAAAAACGGACAAGCAUAGGAUGGCGGGCAAGCGUCCCACAGGUGUCGAAAGCUUGUCUAGAGUUUACCCACCACACGACUGGAAAUUCGAUGCUGAGUUUGUAAACAAAUGGAUCUUGGACACUGACCCCAAGGAGUUUCUCAAAGCAAGAUCAAUGGAUCCCACCGAUUUAUUCGUGAUUAAAGAAAAUGAAAAAGAGGGAUGGAUUUACGACAAUACCCACGACAUUUUGCAGCUGGAUAUAGUCUAUGAAUUCAGGAGAAGGCGAUUAUACAGAGAGUGCUUCAGAUACGGAAGACACCACCCAAAGCCCCGCUAA